GUCACCUCAGGCAACUUCAGGUCACAUGACUUCACGAAAUAGUUUUACCUCAUACCUUUAAGACAGUGCAGGCAUUGAGGCUCACAGAAGAGGCCAAGGCAACAUGGGUAACGCACUGAGAGUUAGACGGAAGAAGAGAAAACAGAAAAAGAAAAGGAUCGGUAUUGUUCCUGUAAACGACUUUCAGGAGCCAGACAACAUCUAUGAAGGAGCCUGCGAUGAUCACUCUGAAAGCAGCAAUUGGUCAACUGAACAGGAGAAGUGUUAUGACCCUAGAGACCCCACACUGAGAUUUGUAGAUGGACCUGAUGACUUGGACUUUUUGUAUAAUGACUACAAGUCCCUUAGAGCAAAGAUGUCGUGUGGUCAUGCUGUCACUCCGAUGUCUCUCACUGACUGGUGUCACCAUUUGUUGGAUGAGGGUGACUGCAAAUUUGUCUGUGGUCAAACUAACUGUGAUGUCGAGUGGCCCUUUGAGGAGGUUUGUAAAAUGGCUCUUCUAAGCCCCGAAGAAAUUGAGUACUUUGAGAAGAAAAUGUUCGCCAAUGCUGCCAAAGAUUACAUGGACGUAAAAGCAUGUCCUGGUUGCAAGUCUAAUGUGAUGAGAAAUGAUCUCAACAAUCUGAAUGUUAUGUGCAGUGUGUGCACAACUGAAAAAAACAGGAUCUAUAGAUUCUGCUGGCAGUGUUUGAGGGAAUGGAAAGGUCCAGCUCCACGUUCAGAUCGUUGUGACAAUAAUGGUUGCCAAAGCCCAUUGGAAAUACUGAGAACCUGUCCAAAUAUUGUCUUCAGGGAUGUGAAGGGGGUCUCUGGCUGUCCAUCUAUCCGUGCCUGUCCCACCUGUGGUUUGCUGGUGGAGCAUAACAAAAAUCAGUGUAAAAGCAUGAUCUGUCCUCGGUGUAAAGUGAAGUUCUGUUUUGUGUGCCUGAAGAUCACUGAACAGUGCUUGAAGAUAGACCCAUACAACCUUUGUCCCACUGGUGUAACACCUAGACAGACCUCUAUACCUGUGUGGAGGAUGACAUCAUCAUGUUGAUUUCACGCCGUGAUCUCAAGAAAUUCAGACGCUCCACAAUUGAAUAAUUUGCAUAGAAAAUGUGUUCUUCAAAAUCAAAAUUGUAGCCAAGUUCUUAACAUGUUUUUAUUACAUUUCUAAAAUUUGAAACUUUAUUCUGAAGGGUAAUCAUCAUAUAAUUAUUCUGCAAUGUUAUAUCUCUACUGUUGUCAUGUUUAUCUCUAUAAUAUCUUAAUCUGUUAUUUCAUUGCUUCAUCAUUAUGUUUUUUGUUAUGAGCAUUAGUUUAUUCUCUUAACAUAAACAAUAAUUCAUAAAUGUCAAAUGAUAGCCAUGACUCUGUAUAUAAAAUGUAACUUCACUAUAUCAUUGCCACAUAAAUUGUGAUAUAUAAACAAAUUACACUGGUGGACGAAGUUUUUUCAGACCAUUUAUUGAUGUAAG